AGAAAAGAAAAGAACGAUUCGUAAUUACCAUAAUUUGCAUAUCAAACCUCAUUAAGACAAGUCCCAAAUCUCUUGGUCAAGAUCAAUAUGGCAUCAUUGCUCAUCAAUUCCAUCAUGAAGAAGCGUAGUGCUAGCGGUUGCUCUCUGGAGCUCCUUGAUCAACAAAACAAGUAGUUGUUCAUUAAUAAGACGCAUGACAACGACGACCACGAUGAGGAGCGAGAGCAGCAGCAACGUCGGUGACGUCGAGAAGGCAGCCGAUGAAGCAGCAGCAGCACAAAAGAGAGUGAGCCUGGCGGAGCUGCGCCGCAAGUACAAGAAGGGUGAAAAGAUCACGAUGACAACCGCUUACGAUUACCCGUCGGCGCUCCACGUGGAUAUUGCCGGAUUCGAUAUUUGCCUGGUUGGCGACUCGGCUUCAAUGGUGGUCCAUGGCCACAGCAACACUUUGCCCGUAAGUCUAGACGAAAUGAUCAUGCAUUGCCGGGCCGUGGUUCGGGGCGCCAACACCCCUUUUCUCGUGGGGGACCUGCCUUUUGGCACUUAUGAAUCCUCAACUCAUCAGGCAGUGGAUACUUCGGUAGGGUGGCCUCAAGGUCGAACUGCUUCCACCGCUCUCAAGGUUGUGGAAACGGCCAUGUUGCUGCAGGAAGCUGGUUGUUUCUCGAUCAUUUUGGAAUGUAUUCCGGCACCUGUGCCCGCUGCUAUAACCUCCACUCUCCGGAUCCCCACCAUCGGCGUCGGUGCGGGACCCUUUUGCAGUGGCCAGGCACUAGUUUACUAUGAUCUCUUAGGAAUGAUGCCACAGACAGAUCAGUUUGCUUCAAAGUUCUGCAAGCAGUAUGGUCGUAUUGGAGAAGAGAUCAACAGGGCGCUUAUGGAAUACAAGCAAGAAGUCGUGAAUGGUUCAUUUCCGGGGUGGGAUUGUAGUCCCUACAAAAUACCUGCGAAUGAAUUGGAUGGUUUUCUGAAUGGUUUGCAAAAGCUUGGUUCUCCCGUGCUGCUGAAUCUGCAGCUGCUGUUGCUGGUGACAGGAAAAUGCCGCCGCCGCCCAGUGAUUAGUCUUGUUGCAAAUGCUUAA